GAAGGAGAGGGUCGCUGCUUCUGACACAUUCUGCUCAGCACCACGGACAGAGAAGGAUUUGGAGCUCGGACAGCAGCUUUCCAUCGAUAUGGGAGAACUGUUGAGGAAUCCGAGGAGUUUGGUAUUUACUACAUUCAAUUUGACCACACUGGGAUUUGGAUCUUUUUUUCCUGCUUGCCAAGUAAGCUCGUUUAUGUCUAACAAUCUUUUAACCUAUGCGAGAUGUAAAAAAUGUAGCUUUUCAUGAAAGUUCAGUGAGUCAUUACGCAAAGAGUCAAGACACAGCAGAAUUGUGUAAAUCAGUGUAGUGAUGAAAGAUACAACAGAAAACUCAAAGUACUUGGUCUUUUUCGAUUCUCAGCAGCUUAACUUUACAUACAUUUCAAUAUUUCACAGUCUUUUUUUUUUACAGUUCGAGGCUCAUAAACUGUCAGCUGCCAACGACAUUCCCGCUUUACGCACGACACAGUGGGUGAUAGUGCCCGGACAUAAUGGCAGAGUAAUAAGCGUUAUUUAAAGCACUGCAGAGAUGACAAUGAUUAUUCACCUUUAGUCGUGACGAACACUUACAGUUUCUUGUGCGAAAUUACGAACAUCACUUGUAAGAAACUUGACAGAGUGAUGAUACAUGGAAAAGAUAUUAUUUCACGUUGCGUGAGGAGACGACUCAUGUGCGAGAGAGUACCGGGAGCCUAAUUCAUCUCAACAUGUUCUCAGUUGUAGCCGGAGCGAAUUAUUGAGUUCAGCAUCUGAAACUCCCUCUCCAGAGUUCACAAACAGGACGCUGCUUCCAAAGCUACAGGUCACAGAUGUGUAGUCCCGAUUUCUUCUGAUAUUUCUGUGUGUGGAGUCUAUUGAAUCUCAUCUUUCUGCUGCUGAAAAAACAUGCUCAAGCACGGCAGAAGUGAACUCUCUCCUCUGAAUUUAUGAAGAAGACGAAAAAAUAUUUUCUUUCUGGACACUGUUUGCUCCAUCUCCCUUUCUACAACCCACAAUGGAGUCUUUAGACCAAAGCUACUGGGUCCCCUUUCCCUCAGACCUCAACUCUACCUUUGAAGCUACUCCCUCAUCCUUCCUCCUCUCCUCCUCUCGCCUCUUUAACAUCUCCUCCAACAUGUCCACGCAGAGUGUUCCCUUCGAGGGCAGCAGCACUCUGUUGACAGCAGUCAUCUCCUUCACAGUCUUUAUUGUGGGUCUGAUAGGCAACACUCUGGCCAUCUACGUUGUGCUGUGCUACACCAAGAUGAAGACUGUCACCAACAUCUACAUCCUGAACCUGGCUGUGGCAGAUGAGCUCUACAUCCUCGGGCUGCCCUUCCUCACCACACAGAACGUUCUCUCCUAUUGGCCGUUCGGCUCCUUCCUCUGCCGUGUGGUGAUGACGGCUGACUCUAUGAACCAGUUCACGUCUAUUUUCUGCCUGACUGUCAUGUCGAUCGACCGUUACCUGGCUGUGGUUCAUCCGAUCCGCAGCACCAAGUGGAGACACCCCCGCGUGGCCAAGGUGGUGAGCGCAGCAGUAUGGGCCGUGUCCUUUGUUGUGGUCCUGCCUGUGGUCAUCUUCUCUGAUGUUCAGGACACAUUUAACUCCUGCAACAUGAUCUGGCCUGAGCCAAAGAACGUGUGGUCGACCGCCUUCAUCCUCUACACGGCGACAGUGGGCUUCUUUGGACCGCUGCUCAUCAUCUGCCUCUGCUACCUACUUAUCAUUGUCAAAGUGAAGUCCUCGGGGGCGCGCGCAGGCUUCACCAAACGUCGGCGUUCGGAGCGCAAGGUGACACGGAUGGUGGUGGUCAUAGUGGUGGUGUUUGUGCUCUGCUGGCUGCCGUUCUUCAUCAUCAACAUGAUCAACCUGGUGGUCAUCAUCCCGGAGUCCAGUGUCACUGCAGGCAUCUACUUCUUCGCUGUCAUCCUGUCCUACGUUAACUCCUGUGCCAACCCUGUGCUCUACGGGUUUCUGUCGGAUAACUUCAAGCAGAGCUUCAGACACGUCCUGUGUGUGAGAAGUAUGAGGUGCAAUACCAGUGGUGUAGAUGAUGGAGACCCGAGCGCUCCCCGCACUGAGAAAACCACGGCACACGACUGUGUCAUGCUGUCCACUCGUAACCAGGUCUAUCAUGACCCACAGAGCAGCCAGAUCUUCCCUCAGCCUUUUGGCUCGCCCAGCUCUCACACAGCUGUAGACCUGCACCGCUCCAACGCUCCUGCAUGUCUAUCUACCUCUGCUUGUCCUGGAAUCGGACACACCACGACAACAGUCACCUCCACAGUAGCAUCCAUAAUGACCUCUGUGAUGACCUCGGCUGAAUUUCCCACCAUCACCGCCCUGACGGCUCCUUCCUCCUCUGCAUCCGUAGGUUCACAGCAAGAUUAGCAAACUGACAUCAGGUGUCUCAGUGAGAGAGAAAAAAACAACCCUGACUUACAUGAAUGUAUAAAAGCACAGAGCUUGAAUGGCGGAUGUUUUUCUGCUGUUUGAAAAUAAGAAAUCUAUUUCUAGGACUAUUCUCGGACACCCACAUGGACACUUGCAACACUCAUGUUCCAUAUCUGUAAAACACCUUCACUGUAAACAGCUAAUGGUUAAAGAGUAGUUUAAUACUCGUUCGUUCCUGAUUUGUUCUCCACUAACUAUGCCAAUUUCUUCACCAUUAACAGUAAUUGGGAAUUGAUGUGCAAUAGUUACUCGGGAGAAUUCAGAACAAACCAGGAACUGUUAACUACUAAUUAACCAUUUGAAAAUGAUUAAUUUAUGGUUAAGUAGUAGUUUGUUCUUCAUUCAUUCCUCAUUUGUUUUCCUGUAAUUGUGUGCCAUUUUUCCCCAUUAAAUAAAAUCUAUACGAUAUCCACUGAAUAAAAUGACCUUACUAUAUGAUAGUAUAUAGUGACAUGCACUUCAACAUGCUAUGUUGAAGUGCUGGCUUCUCUGACAACAAUGCAGCAGCCAGUAUGUCCUCCUUCUAACUUUAGAUUCCAGUCCUGAAUGGUCUGUAUUUGAUUGGACCAGAGAAGGUAGGCGGACUUGGGACACCCACACACUUCGGUUAUGAGAGCAGUUAUCAUGGCAAAACAGUAGGUGUUACAGCGAUGGAAGAGGGCAAGAGAACUUCAGAUAUAACUGAUUCCAUAGUAAAACAAGUUUACAUUUUGGAGAUGCUUUUGAAAAAUUGUGAGAGGUUAGAAUACAGAAAGUUUUCAAGACCAAAGAGCUGGCUAAACACUGAAGCUUCAGUGUCCAUGACAUGGCAACUCGACUCUAAGGAGGAGGGGCCACGAGGAGACAGCUCUCUACAAUGUUUUGAAGUUGGACUGCAGUACCCAUUUUAAAAGCUAGGUGUCAGAGAUAAAUAUUGCUCCUUUAACAAAUAGAAGUUGUUAAUUCUUCAUCUGUGGCCUACUAAUGGGAAAAAAUCCUAUUAACUAAAAAACUAAACUAAAAAUAACUUUUUUCCUCCCCAUCAGCAGUUAUUGAUUUACCAACGGUUAAGUAAUAGUUACUUCCUCUUUUGUUCCCUACCAACAAAACCAA